AUGCAUUAUGAAGUUAGCGCCAAAGUUCCUGUAAUGAGCGUAGCACAUACGCUUGUAUAUGCAAAAAGUUCCAAGGGUGGAAUGAUUUAUUUAUUUGGUGGUUAUCGAAAAAAUCCUAUUGGAGAUCCUAUAUACGGAUACUCACUAGAGAAACAAACAUGGAGUUCAAUAACACCAAAAGUUAAUGGUGGAAUUAUGAUGCCAAUUGAAUCUAGUACCAAAAUUGUCGGUAUUACAGAUAGCAGCUUAGGUACCAUUUAUAUAUUUGACAAUGGAACCAUGUAUAUUUAUGAUGUAUUGAAUAAUUUUUGGAAUCCUGGUCAAAUCGCGCCUUACAAUCUUAAUUAUUACGCCGCCGUUAUGUUAAAUAACAGUGAAAUUGCUUACAUCGGUGGUUCUGAUGGGACAACAAACCUUCAUAUGGAUCAGAUCCUCUUAUAUAACACGAAAUUAUCGUUAUGGUAUAUAAAGAAUGCAAAAGCAAAUGGUAUAAUUCCAUUACCACGACAGGGUCAUACAGCAUCUAUAGCACCCGAUGGACGGAUAUUGAUUUAUGGUGGUUUUGAUGGUAAUGAAGAUGCGCUCACUUCCUCAGGAAGUACUCCCACAUUCGCAGUGCUUGAACUCGUUGAUUAUGAAAUUGUAUGGUUCUCUCCUGAGUUAUUCAAUCCGUCAUCUGUUAUGAGGAUCUAUCAUACUUCACAUUUAGUUGGAAAUUAUUUGGUUAUUGCAUUCGGUAUGGAUCGCUUUUGUUAUAGUAUUUUAUUGGAUGUAACUUGA